ACAGUAUUUGUGUAAUCAGAUAAUGUAGAGAUCUUUUCAGGGUUUUACAUUUAUCUUAGUUGUUUAAAGUGCUUCAAUGUUUUGAGCUUUUAAAACAACAAACUGCAAACAGGAGUGAAGAGUUGCUGCCUGUUGUGGGUCUGAAGCUAUUUUCAGCCUGACAGCUUCACGGUGGUGACAGAGUAAAGAUGAAGUUUUUAGCCUUCCUGUGCCUGUCCGUUCUCUUAGCUCACAUUCAUCUCUCAGUGGCAGGCAAAAUCAAACUGUUAAAGCCUUUUAAGAAGACGACAAAGAUAAAAACUAAUCUGGAUGCCAAAACUAAACAUUCAAUCCUGGAAAAGGCCAAAAACCCCACUUCAAAUAAAGGAAGUUACCCUAAGCAACCAGAAGGAGGCUAUCCUCAGUACCCAGGUAGUCAACCUCAAUAUCCAGCCGGACGCUAUCCUCAGUACCCAAACCAACAUGGAGGCUAUCCUCAGUACCCAAACCAACAUGGAGGCUAUUCCAACCCAGGUAGCUACCCUGGGUAUCCAGCCAGAGGUUAUCCUCAGUAUCCAUACCAACAUGGAGGUUCUCCUUACCAUGGAAGCUACCCUCAGUACCCACAGUAUCCUGCCGGCCAUUUCCCAGCUCCAGGGUAUGGAGGAGGUUAUGGAAACUAUCCAGGUAGCUACAUCAACCACAACCCAAACAACAGGAUCCUGAGCCCUCACUACGGCGGCAGCUUUGGAUUUGGUGGCUACGGAGGUGGGGGUGGUUCUCCCUUCUCUCACUCGGUUCAGAAAAUGGGAUUUGCUCCGUCUGAUCAAUCCAAAGGGUUCGGACGCAGUGCGGCAAUGGCGGCGGCUGGAGGGGCGAUGGCAGGAAUGGCCCUGGGCUACGGACUAGGGAAGUUCCCCCAUCCCAAUUUCCACUUCCACAACCCCCACCAGGAGUAUUACUACAACUACUACAUGUACAAGCGAUACGGUAUGAAAUCCUCUGACAGGGACGACUACAGCAGGGACUACAAGUUCAAUCAGACACCUGAGACCUUUGACAGGUUCAUGACCUCCUGCAUGAAGAGGACGGACCUUCUGCCAGAAGAGAACCAGAGGUCGCAAACCAAACCACUGACCACCACCACCACCAUAACAACAACAACAACAACAUCAACAACAACCUCUUCAACUAACACAACUACAACCUCAAGAAGCAACAUCACUGCAGCGGGGAACGUCUCCUCUAUCGCCAAUUCAACCAACAACCCUCUCAAUAAGUCUGAUGUUACAAAUGUGAAGGUUUCACAGACUCUCCAGAACAACGAGGAGAAUGAUGACACAGUCAGUAUUGUGGAAAUUGGCUACCCAGCGUUGAUCAACCAGAUGAAGGUGAAAAGAUGUACGGAGCUUUACGUCGUUUACUCUGAAAAACACUUGAAGAAAAAUGAACAGUCUUCACCUCACAGUGGGAUACAAAACCUGCAGCAAGGGCUACUUUUUGUACUCAUGAGCACAACUAUGAUGUUAAUGCUGCACAAUUAAGACCUUCACUGGGUAGAAGGUGAAGUACAAAAAUUAAGAUUAUGCAAGUUUGCAAACAAGCUCAUUUUUAUUUUUUAUUAAUGGUCUGUACAUUGCAUUCUAGCAUGACUUCUACCUUCUGGCUUCAUGGUUUAUUUCUCUUGCUCAUGACAAUGAACUUUAAUUAUGGCUAAUAAUCUCUACUGCUCCUCAGCAACACCAAUCCUAACACAAAGCAGAUCAUAAAUGACAAAUUUUAUCGAGGGCUUUAGAAGCUGAAGGCUAUUUUCCUUCCUGUAGCCGCCAACUGCAGUGCAUGGCUAACACUCUACAACAGUCAACACUGAAAACACAUUAGCUAAAGAUUUGUUUUAGAUGUUUUUAUGUUUCUUCUCUUGUGUAUCAGAGCCGUCGCUAACUAGUUAGGUAAAUAUUUGUUUUAGCUGUUUUUUUAUUUCUUCCCCAUCUACAACAGAGACAUGGCUAAAAACAUGUUAGCUAGAUGUUAGUAUUCCCUUUCUUCAAUAAUGCCACCGCUAACAUGUUAGCUAAAGAUUUCUUUUAGCUGUGUUUUUGAUUUCCUCCCCUUCUCCAAUAGAGCUAACAUUAUUGUUAGCAUCUCCCCCAAUAAAAAAUUACAGCAUUAUUCCAGUGCGUUGUGUAAAUGUUCUAAGUUAGUAACACCUCCAGCCGUCACAAGGAGGGCUGCAGCCUGGGAAAACUUCACUUCCCACUCUUAUGACGCUGAACAUCCGUUCAGAAGUGCCAAACAAGAAUUUUAUUAAUUGUUGCUGUCUUGUCCAAACAGAAAUCCUCCCAAUUCCAAAAAUGGUAGCAACUGGCUCAUUCUGAGCACAGAAGCAUUUUUGCUGGGGCAGAGCAAACUGGGAACUGCCAUAAAUAACCGGCCUCUCCUCGCACACGAAGGAAGGAGGGGCCGGUCAUUCAUGUCUAUGGUUCAUGAGCCAAACAACUUAAAAAAUAACAUUUACUUUCAAACAAUAUGAUCACUGAAAGCGUUAUGGGAUUAGUUUGCACUGUGCUGCUGACCGUACUCUGACUGCUAUGGUGCAAACAGGCUGAACUGUGGUUACAGAAAUAAAAUUAUAUAAGCAGAAAUGUCACUAUACCAGGCAAGAUCACAGCAGAAAAUAGUAAAUGUUAAGAUUUAUGUUGAAUCGCCUUAGAACAGUAACAAUUGGUGUUGCAUUUUUACCAUUUUAUAAAUCUAAGUACACCUUUAAUCACUGCAAAGUUGAGUGAUAUUCAGAAGUUGAAUGCAAACGCCUGUUACUGAUUAUAUUUGUUCAUGUUUAUCAUAUUUUAUAUCUGACCUCUCACACACAAGCGCAUGCGCACACACACGUCAAAUAUCUUAUUACAAUGCAUGCUUAGGGUGUUUUUCUGGAUAAAUUUAAACUUUUUGCAUUUUGGUUCACAAGUUAACAGUUAUUGUUACUUUUUCAAAUAAAUCUACAUUCCAAAACA